UCUUUAUAGUUAAUUCUACAUAGUAAUAGGUAGUAGUACAUUUCUACAAGUUGGUAGUUACUAGUUACUACUUACUGGUUGUCGUCGGUAGUUGGUUGAUGAUAAACCGUCUUUUACUUAAUUUAGUAUCCACCGAAUUUUGAAUUGUCACCACUACAAUAUAUUUUAUUAAAAUGACAGAACCAUCGCCUAAGAAGUCAAAAAUGUCGUCGCUGGGUCAGCUCAAGAACUUUACCGUUGUCGUGGCUGACACGGGAGAUUUUGAAACCAUGAAAAAGUAUAAACCUACUGAUGCUACUACAAACCCAAGUCUUAUCCUAGCUGCAGCUAAAAUGCCUCAGUACAAAGAUUUGAUAUCAAAAGCUCUGAAAUUAGCGGUCGCAAAUGGAAAGACAAUUGAAGAACAGACCGAAGAAGCCAUGGAUAAUCUUGUUGUGUUGUUUGGUACUGAGAUUCUAUCUCUAAUUCCAGGACGAGUGUCCACUGAAGUUGAUGCUAGAUUGUCUUUUGACAAAGAAGCAAGUAUUGCUAAAGCUAUCAAAUACAUUGAAAUGUACGAAAAGGCUGGAAUUGCCAAAGAACGUAUAUUAAUUAAAUUAGCUUCCACGUGGGAAGGUAUUCAAGCAGCCAAAGUUUUGGAACAAGAACAUGGAAUACAUUGUAAUUUAACUUUAUUGUUUUCACUUUAUCAAGCCAUCGCUUGUGCUGAAUCCGAUGUCACUUUAAUAUCUCCUUUCGUUGGACGUAUUUUGGAUUGGCAUGUUGCAAACACUGACAAGAAAAGUUUCGAGCCUUUAAAGGAUCCCGGUGUACAAUCAGUAACUAAUAUUUACAAUUAUUUCAAAAAAUUCAACUAUAAAACUGUUGUGAUGGGUGCAUCAUUCCGUAACAUUGGUGAAAUCAAAGCAUUGGCUGGAUGUGAUUUGUUAACAAUUAGUCCUAAGCUACUUGAGGAAUUAGAAUUGUCUAAUGAGCCACUCACGGAAUAUUUAACCGUGAAGAAUGGUAAAGCAUCAGAUUUGAAAAAAAUUGAAAUUGAUGAAGCUAAGUUUCGUUGGGAAAUGAAUGAAGACAAAAUGGCCAAUGAUAAGUUGUCUGAAGGUAUAAGGAAUUUUGCUGCUGAUUCUCGUAAACUUGAGAAAAUUCUUACAGAGAUGUUGAAUAAAAUCAAUUAAAAUAUACACUGUUAGUGUAAAAUUUUUAUGUUAUUGGGAUCAAAAUUUUAUUAAGUGUGAUGAUUUAUACUUUAAAUUCAGUUAAUAUCAUUACUUUUAAAAUUAUAUGUAUUGUUGAGAACAAUUUAAUUUAAAAAAAAUGAAUGAAUUGUGUUUAUUUUGUUAUACCUACCGUUCAAUUUUUAUUUGUGAUAAUUGUUAAUGACCCAUUUUUAGUUCACAAAUUACCUAUAAUAUAUUAUUAUAUGUAUUUAAAACGUUUUUAAUAAUAUAUAUUUUAUAAAUUAUUUUACAGUAACUUGAAUAACAGAUUUUGUUCUUA